GUUGAGAAGGCCUUGAAGAUCAAGGGUCACAAGGACCAACAGCGUAACCGUGGCUUCGACAUCGCCCAGUGUGUCGCCGAUGUCACGAACGCGGCUUCCUACAUCGUCCGGGCUAUCCUUCAGAUCCGCAGCGCAGCGAGCGCCUGUCCAGAACCAAAGGCCUGCGCAAUCAACAUCAUGAAUAUCAUCUCGUCCUUCGCCUGGAUCUCGCAGUUCACGGCCCUGGCGGUCUCGGACUGCCAGGUGGCUGCCGACCAGAAGGCGCUAUGCACGGCCGACAUCUCCGACAUGGUGGCCGCUCUGACCAAUGGCCCAGCAGCCGGAAUUGCUUCGACCUCGGAUUGCGCUGAUCUUCCUGCUCCUCCAACACCGCCUCCGCCGCCUCCCCUGGAGAUGCACUUGCCCCUGGACUGGACUAGGGGUAUCUAG